CCAUAGAGAAACAUUCGCCAAACAUGUAACAUGAAAAUCUCAUUUGAAAACAAAUAAAUGGCCACCGUUUGCAUUGCCUUUUUCCUAAUCACACAAUUUUAUUGUAAUAAAAUGGACGCAGAUCCCGAAGAAAGUGCAAUAUCAAGAAGACCAAAACGUUGGAGCAUGAAUUCGCAGCGGCUAGAGCAAAUUGUGGCGGAGCUGAUGAAGCCCAUCAGCGAUAUCCGCCGCAAUUUCGACACGGACCUAAGCGCGUUGUUGGAGGAAUACCUGACGGAGGCGGGCUUACAUGCCUUGGAAGCAGGUGAAGCAGGUGAAGCUGAGGAACCUGGACUAGCUGGAGAAGUUGCACCUAACUUUGCAGAAAUUGCAUUACUACUCCAGCAGUCUGCACACAUAUACAGUCGUAAAGUUGACUGUCUUUAUCAAGAUGUCCUGCGUGUCACUGAUGCGCUGAACAAUUCUACCCUCGAGGACAAUCCGGAAGAGGGCGAAGCGGAUGUGAGUGGUGGCAGCGCGUCAAAACGGAAGGUGGCAGCCGCUGUUGAGGCCUUUGAGCCCAUACGAUUGGAAACUGCGUCAUCGGCGAGGCGUGAGGGUACAGUUCGACCGCCUCCCACGUUGCCACGCCUUUACAUCGAGCUGGAGCCACGCCCACUGGCACCGGCGGACACGCAGCUCAUAGAUUACGCUUCCGAACCAAUUGGCCUGCUCGCUGACUUCCAUGUUGCGUGGAGAUUAGGGGGCGGCUUCCUUCUCGAGGAGCUAGAGGAGAGAGCCUCAUUGUUGCCGCCGCCAUUAUUACCGCCGCCGAGCGCGCCGCCGCCGCCUAUUGAGCCGCCACCGUUGACGCUGCCACAGCUGAGUGUGCCGCCGCCGCCUCCCUCCCCUCUUCUGCCCCCCUCGCCCUUCAACUGCUCCACUCCUCUGCCGUCGCCCAUCAAACGAGAGAGAAAGAGACGGAUUGAUGUGGCCCAGGACUUAGAUCCCGGCGCGAAGUUGAUUAUCAGUGAAGAGGUACUGACAGCGCUGCGCGGCGAAGAUAACGAGUUCAGCGUGCCCUCGCGUUGGAUCCAACGGGUGGUACAGCGGCGUAGCGGGCAGCUGCUAGCUCUGCGGCUACGGCUACGCGAGAGCGCUCCGCCGCCCCUUUUCCGCGGCUGGGACAGCGCCCCCGCCGAUGUCGGCGGAUUCUGCGGCUGGCCCGAGGAAGCCGCCCGCUCGGCGCUCAAUACGACGCUCAGUGAAUUGCGGCGGGUACGCCUCCUAGUUCCCGACGAGAGCGACGACGACGGUUUCUUCGAGCAGAGCUCCUCGAGCGACGGCGAGCCUCGCCGGUCGCCGGAUCCCUCGGCGUCCGACUGGCAGAAAUGGCGGGAAGGCGUAUUAGCGCGCGCGACGUCGCAUGCGCCGGACGUACGGCGGACGGCCGCGCUGCUUCUGCGCUCGGCGCCAGCUGCCCCCAACGCCGUUCCCUUCACGACGCUGUUACGACACCACCAUAGUGCACAGGCCACUAAGCCCUCACACCUCAUGUUAGCUGCGCUAUUCCUGGCGAAUAGCGGCAACAUAGAAAUCAUCCAAGGCGAACCACUGUCUAUUAAUUCGUUUUCGGUUCGCGUAAUAUCGCAAGACGAGUCUUUAUAUCAACCAGCGCUGGCGCGAGACGCCCCCAGCUGAGACACGAAUUAGAAUUAAGCUUAAAUAUUUCUCUUGUACAAAAGCUUGAUCUCCAUUGAGCAAUAUUUUCAGUUUAUGUAAGUUGAUAUAAUGCCCGAGGCAUUAAAGAAUUAUUUUGAUUGAAAAGCAAAUCAUACGUAAAUGUAAUGGCCAUGGCUAACAUAACUUAUGGCACUAUUUAAUAGUGAGCAUAUGGUAAUUGUGAGGGCUUUGUGUUGAUAUUACAAUAGUAUAUUUCAUUACAAGUGCGGAAAGCCUGUCAUUGCAAAGAGUUAAAAACAAAUUAGUAGCAUCUUUUUGAAAUAUUUGCCUGAAUCAUAAAAACUAUUGUGAUUUUUUUUGUAAAACCUUCGUGGUUGUUUUUUUCUUUUUAAUAGUCAUUGUUUUGACAGUUGGAAAAGAGCACGCACGAGUUCAAAGAAAAAGCACGAGUCCCUGCAAUAUGCCACUUUUUGAACAGCCGUAUUAAAAAAUCAUUAUAUUAUAAAUUUAAGUUAUAUUUAGUUCCUGUGUGUUAUGAAUUAUAAAGAAUAAUUCACUUAACUACCAUAAAAAGUUUCUACAUUUCAAUUGGUAGUAAAAUGAAGAAAAAAGACAGGUAACAGUCAAUAUAGAUUGAUUGAAUUAUAUGUGUAUGUAACCUUUACCAUUUCCACACCAAAGAUGAGGAAACAAGUUUCAUAAUUGCACUUUCCCAUACCAUAGAACCUAUUUUGACAAUAUGGGUAUAAAAAUUAAUAAUACACACAAUGUACACAAAGUACAAUUAAAUUUGAAUACACAUUAGGCAAGACAAAGAAACUUGUGCUCGCAAACUCAUAAUUGAUAGGUUCUUUAUUUGACGUUUUGUAUGAAGAAGUAUUUAAUUCAAUUGAAUUAACUAAAACGAAAAUGUAAUUGUUAAAUUUUUAUUACUAAGUUUUAAUUGUAUUAUAAGGACAAUGUACAUAAUAAAUGUAAAUACCUUAUCA